UUCAUCCUUGUUGAGCAGAAGAGUGUGCUGUGGUUGUUUGUUGUGUUUUUCAUCGCGCUCACAUUUUCUACCUGUCGCAGUGGAAAGUGUCGGGCGGGAGUUUAACGAGGAGGAAGAGGAGGAGGGGCGUCGGCGUGGGCGAGGGAGAGGGAGGGCGGGCGGGAGGGAGGGGGUAGCUGCCACGAUGAUGCUGCGGAAGGCGGGGCGUCGGCUAUGGCCCACCGCGUUGGGCGGUUGCCGUCGGUUGCUGGCGCCUUUGACCGAGUCUGGCUCGGUGACUCGUGCAGCACCACGUGUCGGUCUGCCGCCAAGCCCGUCCCGAUGGACGAGUGGGCGGGAAGCGCACUCCAGCGUCUCGAGAUUGUCUGAGAACUGCCCGCCCUUCCUCUCCCGCGCUUUCCACUCUGCUAAUCGCGCGGCGGUGACAGCGUUCCCAGCCUCCACUGCGACGACAACCGUGUCGGCCUCUGGCUCCGCGUAUCCGAUCGUGGAUCACACCUACGAUGCUGUGGUGGUGGGCGCGGGAGGCGCGGGCCUCCGGGCGGCAAUUGGCCUCUCAGAGCACGGGUUCAACACGGCAUGCAUCACAAAACUCUUCCCAACUCGCUCGCAUACGGUUGCCGCCCAGGGAGGCAUCAAUGCGGCGCUGGGCAAUAUGACUGAGGAUGACUGGAGAUGGCACAUGUAUGACACGGUGAAGGGGAGUGAUUGGUUGGGGGAUCAAGACGCGAUUCAGUACAUGUGCAGGGAGGCGCCCCACGCAGUUCUCGAGCUAGAGAACUAUGGUUUGCCCUUUUCCAGAACAGAGGAGGGGAAGAUUUACCAGAGAGCGUUUGGCGGGCAGAGUCUGGACUACGGCAAGGGAGGUCAGGCGUACAGAUGUGCGUGCGCGGCGGACAGAACGGGGCACGCAAUGCUCCACUCCCUCUAUGGCCAAGCGAUGAAGCACGACACGCAAUUCUUCGUCGAGUAUUUCGCUCUCGAUCUCAUCAUGGAUGAGGAGGGGGAGUGCAGAGGAGUGAUCGCUCUCAACAUGGAAGAUGGAAGCCUGCACAGAUUCAGGGCGAAGGAGACGAUACUUGCAACGGGAGGCUAUGGGAGGGCCUACUUCUCUGCCACGUCAGCGCACACUUGCACUGGGGAUGGCAACGCUAUGGUGGCGCGAGCGGGUCUCCCGCUACAAGACCUGGAGUUCGUCCAGUUCCAUCCGACGGGCAUCUACGGUGCAGGCUGCCUGAUCACCGAAGGAUCGCGCGGGGAGGGGGGCAUUUUGCGGAACAGUGAGGGGGAGCGAUUCAUGGAGCGCUACGCGCCAACGGCGAAGGAUUUGGCGUCGCGGGAUAUCGUGUCCAGAGCGAUGACCUUGGAGAUUCGCGAAGGGAGGGGAGUGGGACCGGAGAAGGAUCACAUCUACCUGCACCUUAAUCACCUUCCUCCGGAGGUGCUCAAGGAACGGUUGCCUGGGAUUUCCGAGACGGCAUCCAUCUUCGCAGGUGUCGAUGUUACCAAGGAACCCAUACCUGUGUUGCCCACGGUGCACUAUAACAUGGGCGGGAUCCCGACCAACUUCAUGGGAGAGGCGGUGACGUUGCGCGGUGGCGAUCCCGACUUCGUUGUCCGCGGCCUGAUGGCCGCGGGAGAAGCCGCCUGCGCUUCCGUCCACGGCGCCAAUCGUCUGGGCGCCAACUCGUUGUUGGAUAUCGUGGUGUUCGGGCGGGCGUGCGCUAACAGGGUGGCGGAGAUUCACAAGCCUGGGGAGAAGCAGAAGCCGCUUCCGCCUGGCGCGGGGGAGGAGACGAUCGCGCGUCUGGAUCGGUUGCGCUACGCCGAUGGGGAUCUGUCAACUGCGGAAAUCCGUCUCGACAUGCAGCGCAUCAUGCAGAAUGAUGCCGCUGUGUUCCGCACGCAGGACUCGCUGGAGCAUGGGUGUAAGUUGAUAGAUGAGUGCAUGGCGUCUUUCUCGAACGUGAAGACGCAGGAUCGAAGCCUCGUCUGGAACACCGAUUUGGUCGAAACGCUGGAGUUGGAGAACCUUCUCAUCAACGCGACGAUAACGAUGCACUCGGCGGAAGCGCGCAAGGAGAGCCGCGGAGCGCAUGCGCGAGAGGACUUUCCUAAUCGGGACGAUGAGAACUGGAUGAAGCACUCGCUCGGAUUUUGGCGGGACGGCAAGUGCGUGAUGGAUUACAGGCCAGUUCACAUGAAUACUCUGGACAACGAGGUGGAAACCUUCCCGCCAAAGGCUCGUGUGUAUUGAUGGGACCUUCCCGCCAAAGGCAUCGUGUGUAUUGAUGGGACCUUUCCCGCCAAAGGCAUCGUGUGUAUUGAUGGACACAGAGGCAGAAAGACAGAAAGACAGAAAGACAGACGCAGCAGCCGCAGCAGCGCAACGAGUGUUGUUUCUUAACCAAAUCUCGCUCCCUCGCGAGAACUUCUGUAAUUGCAAGGACUUCUGUAAUUGCCCCGUAUCCUUCACAUACAAGAGAAAUAUGAUGAGGUCUGAAUGAGAGAGGCGAGCAACGCAUGACGCUUCUCUAUCAAUUUGAUGUAAUUCCACCUUUUUCCUUUGACGCGUACUUUUGCCUGUUUCGUAGAUGAUGAUGACAACUGCCUACUUCGGGUUAACGUGUUGUUUGUCGAGUUCUGUACGGGAUUGAUGGUUUCCUUCUUUAGAUUUAGAUAUGGACCCUCACACACAUUGGCACAGAAAGUGCGCGCGCGUGCAUGCGCACGCCCCCAAUGAUUAACCACAUCGUUGGCGGGAAGGAGCGAGCGAGCGAGAGAGAGAGAGAGAGAGAGAGAGAGAGAGAGAGAGAGAGAGAGAGAGAGAUUAAAGUUAGGAUCGUGCGCCCCAGCGCAUAUCCCAGAUAGAUGUGUAGGAUUUAAACAAUGGAUAGAAAUAGGAAUAUGAAUAGAGAGCACGGAGGAGCUGUACUGUCUGGCUAGAAAGAUAGACAAGAGGACGGAAGGACUAUGUGAUUAGUCAUCUGAUAGUCAGGCAGUCAGAUAGACAGAGGGCGGAAGAACGCUACGUCGACGUGGGGGGGAGUACAUUCUUUCGAUUUGCUAUUUCUUGUAGAACCAGACUUUCAUAAGUGUCUAUUGCGUUGUAAUUGGUCAAUUUAUUCCUGAAUUGCCAUUUCUCUUGGACAAAAAUAUCCUCUCUUAGCUGCCUCGCUCGUUUGUCUGUUGUUCGGGGUUGAUGAUGAAUUCAUGGCCAUCAGUCAGACUCUGAUCAAUCUUUAUUUCCUCCUCUUGAGAGAGCGCCGCAGAUUUCCUCUAAUGGUGAUCGAACACUGAAUUAACCCCCAUGAAUCAAAACGUAGGAAAUUCCAACUCGGCGACUUCUUGGAUUUUUUGCUCAAUUCCGCAUUCGAUCAGUGUGACUAGGUAGAAUUAAGGAGAAGCGACGUGGGCGCUCUACCUAACGAACACGUGGCACUUAAGUGGACUCGCAGGGGGCUCUACCUAGCGAACAGGUGGCGGUCAAGUGGAUUCGCUGGCCUGUUUAACGUGCCACGUGUACGGCUCUGAUUCGGCGGGAUUGCGCUUCUAUUCUAUUUGACCGCAGCCAAGUCAAAGUCAGUUAUUAGGCCCCCCCUGAUAUGUUUACAUCUUCUGCAAUUUUGAUUAAUCGACUUUUAAUUCCGUGGAGAGAGGAAUAUGUUGCGGUCGGGAUCAGCUUUGUAUCAGAUUCGACGGUUUCUCUCCGCUGUUGUCGGAAACCAAACUUCACAGUGGUGAUUAUCCUGAUUGACCUCUCUAGAGAGGCCUACGUCGGGGUCGGGAUUGCCCUCUGGAGAGAGGCCCACGUCGGGGUCGGUAUUGCCCUCUGUAGUCGACCGAUCGUUGUAAAGAGACUGUGCCGCCGGGACCACAGAGGAUUACACCAACGGUUCCUGCCUGCCUGCCUGCCUACCUGCCUGCUUGCCUGUCUGUCUGCCUCUGUCUUCCAGAGAGAGAUUCGACUCUCUAGUACUCGUGCUCUCUAAUUCUAGUGGUUGACGGACGUCUUUUCCCCCGAUCAUAACGCACCCUGAUCUUACGACGGAAUCAUGCGUGCUUCUAGCUGUUUUUCUCCGGUCUAACACGGUUAUAUGAUGCGGGUGCGUUGUGUUCGAGGAGAGGAUAGUGUGAAGGUUUCUUUUGCAAUGAGUUGGCCGUGUUCACCGGCUCCUCUUUUGUUUCUUUAAAAAAAUGUCGGACUGAAGUUGGCAGUCGGACCUGAGGAUUGAUUACAGGGAUUGCCGUUUGCCAGCCAGUAGGAACCUUACGAUUUCGGUUGAAUAAACCCUGAAAUUGCGACCAGGAACGUGAAAAGGAAAAUGCUCAAAGGAGUAACAAAAUUCUCAGGGAGUC